AUGGUUAGAGAAAGAAAGUGUGUAAUGAUAAAAACAGAACCAUCAAUAAAGGAAGUCAUUGGAACAAUAGCUGAGAACAAGAAGUUCCUAAUCCACGAUAUGGACGACAACUACAUUUUUAUAACGGAACAAGGUGCUAAGAACAUAGAACAGAAAGUCAAGAAUGUGAUGCGAGGAACACAUGAUAAAUUCAUGUAA